GCAAGGGCGCCCGGCAAAUGGCCCGCCGCGUUGCUCGGGACGGAGGCUGCUCUCCCCGAAGCGGCCGGUCCGUGACUCGCUCUCUUUCUCCCGGCAGAUCGGCGCGUCGGGCGGGCGGGGCAGCGGGCCAGGGCGAGCGGCGAUGGAGCCCGGCGGUACCAGCCCACCGUCCGCCCCCCCGGGCAGCUGGGACGCCUUCCCCCCGCGGACCUUGGAGGCCGUCGACAUCGUUGUCCUGGUCUUGUACUUCGUCUUCGUCCUGGCCGUGGGGCUGUGGUCAAUGUGGAAGACAAAACGAAGCACUGUCAAGGGCUACUUCCUAGCUGGGGGCGAGAUGGUCUGGUGGCCGGUGGGGGCUUCCCUGUUUGCCAGUAAUGUUGGCAGUGGGCAUUUCAUCGGCUUGGCUGGCUCUGGUGCGGCAUCUGGAAUUGCUGCCACAGCCUACGAGUGGAAUGGCAUGUUCUGUGUCUUGGUGCUGGCGUGGCUGUUCCUUCCGAUCUACGUUGCAGCCGGGGUUACAACCAUGCCAGAGUAUCUACAGAGACGGUUUGGUGGCAAAAGGAUACAGAUCUUCCUUGCAAUUCUCUACUUGUUUAUCUAUAUAUUCACCAAAAUUUCAGUUGACAUGUAUGCUGGGGCUCUCUUCAUCCAACAGGCCCUGCACUGGGAUCUCUACAUAGCAGUCAUUGGUUUGCUGAUAAUCACUGCAAUCUACACUGUGGCAGGUGGCCUGGCAGCAGUGAUCUACACGGACACCCUGCAGACGGUCAUCAUGUUGGCUGGUGCGCUCAGUCUGAUGGGCUUCAGCUUUGCCAAAGUUGGAGGCCUUGAAGACCUGAAGAACAGAUACUUCAAAGCCAUUGCAAGCAGCCAUAAUGGGAACACCAGCUGUGGCUUGCCAAGAGAGGAUGCGUUCCACAUAUUCCGGGACCCUGUCACGUCCGACUUUCCCUGGCCAGGAGUCCUAGUUGGAAUGACCAUCCCAUCCCUGUGGUACUGGUGCACAGACCAGGUCAUUGUUCAAAGGUCUCUCGCGGCAAAGUCUCUUUCUCAUGCCAAAGGUGGUGCGCUGUUGGCCUCCUAUCUGAAAAUCCUGCCUCUCUUCAUGAUGGUUUUGCCUGGCAUGAUCAGUCGCAUUCUCUUUCCAGAUCUAGUGGCCUGUGCUGAUCCCAAAUCCUGUACAGAGAUCUGUGGCAAUCCAUCUGGAUGUUCUGAUAUCGCGUACCCCAAACUUGUCAUUGAACUUCUGCCACUAGGACUAAGAGGGCUUAUGAUGUCAGUCAUGAUUGCGGCGCUGAUGUCCUCUUUGACUUCAAUCUUCAACAGCGCAAGCACCAUUUUCACGAUGGACCUUUGGCGACAUCUUCGACCUCUGUCUUCAGAAUGGGAGCUCAUGGUUGUUGGCAGGGUCUUUGUCCUGCUCCUUGUGGUCAUUUCAAUUUUGUGGAUUCCGCUCGUGCAAGCGAGCCAGGGGGGGCAGCUCUUCAUCUACAUCCAGACCAUCAGCUCUUACCUGCAGCCCCCCGUGGCUGUGGUGUUCAUCCUGGGAUGUUUUUGGAGGCGAACAAACGAGAAGGGGGCAUUCUGUGGUCUUUUGGUUGGGAUGGCCAUGGGCCUGAUCCGGAUGGCUUUGGACUUUGUCUACAUGCAGCCCAGGUGUGGGGAGCCAGAUGCCCGGCCAGCUGUGGUGAAAUACGUUCACUACCUCUACUUCUCCAUGAUCCUGGGGGUGGUCACUCUGAUCGUGGUGGUGGCUGUCAGCCUCUUGACGGAGCCCCCCCCAGAGGAAAUGGUCAGCCGUCUUACAUGGUUCACCCGCAAGGAUGCCCCAAGAAAGAACCAUGCUGCCAUUGCAUCUAGCUGCCCCUUAUCCAUUCCGGUCAAAGGGAUCCAUGAGGGUGGUCCUUCUCUAGGGCAGCUGGAAAUCACUGAUGACCCCGAAAACUCUUGCAGAAGCAGUCCAGGUCCUUUGGACAAGAAGCAGAAGGAGAAGACGAGGUCUAAAUUAAUGGGCGUGUUUUUGUGGGUCUGUGGGAUGGAGAGCAGAGACGCACAGACGCCUGGGACGACGGCUGAAGCCAAAGUAGGGGCAGCGGCCAGGGCUUCAAUCGACGAAGCUCCCCUGGUGAAACACAUCCUCAACAUCAACUUGCUCCUGUGCAUGAGUGCGGGGGUCUUCCUCUGGGCCUACUUCGCAUAGCCUUGGGCUCUGCCAGCCACGGCAGACACUCUUGAUGCUGCUGUGGCUCCACACUUGGGAAUGGCGUCAAGAUCGAGGAGGAUCAGUGAGAAAAUGAAAUAAUGAAUCUGCACAAUACGUAUUUUUACAGUCCAUAGGAAAAAGGGAAGACUUGUAUGAAGAAUUCUGUCUUGGCUGUUUCAUGGUUGCUGAGUAAAGCCCAACCCCUUUGUUAUAAACAUUGUACAAGCAGCGCAUGUAAAAAACGAGCAGGACUUUGUGCAGUUGCAGCUGCGCUGUAGACUUUUUCGACGCCCAUGGAUGCCCCUGGAGAUGGAAUCAUAGACGGACUACAUCCCGCGGGUUGAUGGAGCUCAGAAGGGGCCAGAUGGUGCCCUUUGGGGGGAAAGGCAAGAUGGAAACCGAACUGAUGAUAAUAAAAGCCAGUGGCAACAAUGGCAUAUUUUAGGCGACUGACCCAUCCUUCUUGGAAUAUGGAAAAAUAUUUGAUACAGUCAUAUCUGGAUGCGAUUAUAUGCAAAGUUCUGCUGCAAGUUUGCUUGGUGGCAGAAUGAUGUUUUAAAAACA